AUGGAUAAACCAACCGAUUCAGAUCCUAAAACUCCUUCAACUCCCCGGUCUACCAUGAAUAAUCAACCUUCCAAUUUAACUCAAGAUACAACCAAUCCCUAUUAUAUUCAUCCAAGCGAAAAUCCUACCUCAGUCUUAGUUACUUCUGUUCUCACAGGAAACAAUUACCAUUCAUGGAAUAGAUCCUUCACUAUGGUUAUUAUUUCUAAAAAUAAAUAUGGAUUUCUUACUGGUUCUAUCUCCUCUCCUCUACCUGGGGAUCCUCUUUUCUCGACUUGGGAACGUUGCAACAACUUGGUCUUAUCUUGGUUAUUCCAUUCUUUGUCCCCUUCUAUAACUCAAAGUGUCCUCUAUUUUGCCACUGUCUCCUCUGUCUGGACCGAUUUGAAAGAACGAUUUGCUCAGAGUGAUCUUCUCCGAAUUGCUGAGUUGCAAGAAGAAAUCUAUGCACUUAAGCAGGGCACUCUGUCUGUCACCGAGUUCUACACAUCACUGAAGUCUCUUUGGGAGGAACUCGACAGUUCUCGCCCUCUCCCGGUCUGUUCAUGUCCAGCAACAUCUCACAGAUCACAAGAUUUUAUAAUUCGCUUUCUUAAGGGAUUGGAUGAACAGUUUUUGAUAGUGCGAUCUCAAAUACUUCUCCUAGACCAAUUACCUCCAGUAACCAGAGUUUUUGCAUUGGUUAUCCAACAUGAACGACAGCUACAAGUUACCGCUGGGAUUCUAGACGAUCCACGUUCCAUCACUGCCGCCGUCGAUUCGCGGCACCCCUCACAAGGUCGCGGUCGCGGUCGCUGUCGCGGUCGCUUUUCCUCCGGCAAUGGUCGCGGUGGUUUUCCCUCCAGCGCGGGAUGUGAUGGUUCCUUUAAGUUCUGUACGCAUUGCGGUCGUAGUGGCCACACGAUUGAAGUCUGUUAUUCGAAACACGGGUUCCCACCAGGGUAUCCACGUCACUCUGGUAGUCCACAUCACUCCAUAAUGCUUUCUUACAUGGGGAUCUUUCUGAAGAUAUUUACAUGA